AGGAGGAUAAAAAGAAGAGGGCAGAGGGGUUUUGGUCCAAAAACGAGGCCAAGAAAAUACAUAAGCAGUGACUUCCUUAUCUAUCUAGUUGAGUUGAAAACUGCCCAGUAGUUGAUGCAGCUCUUUCACUGAAAUGGCACAAACUUUUGUUUCUUGCCCAUCGUACUUGGUCGGAAGUGGGACAAGAAUGUCCAGUGUUGUCAAAUUGCGGCCGUGUGUUUGCACCACUCUUCACUCGUCUCUUUCUUUUUCACCCCUCUCCAUUUCUCGAUACCGGGGUGCUGCUCCCCGACGUGCUACUUUCCCAAAAAUAUAUGCUUUUUCUAGCAAUGAUAUUAAGGUUGGCAGCAAUGUUGAAGUUGAUGGUGCUCCUUGGAGAGUAAUAGAAUUCCUGCAUGUAAAACCUGGUAAAGGGGCUGCAUAUGUAAGGACCACUAUGCGCAAUUAUGUGACUGGAAACACGGUUGAAAAAACCUUCCGAGCUGGAAGUAAGAUAGAAGAGGCUGAUAUAUUUAAGGAGACAAAGCAGUUCACAUACAAGGAUGGGCCACAAUUUGUUUUCAUGGACCUGAGUACAUAUGAAGAAUAUCGACUUAAUGCUUCAGACGUUGGAGAUAAGGAAAAGUGGCUAAAAGAAGGCAUGGACUGCAAUCUGUUAUUCUGGAAGGAUAAAAUUAUUGAUUUUGACCUUCCAAUUAAUGUUAAAUUAAAGGUUGUUGAAGCUGAUCCUGGUCUUAAAGGUGACACGGCACAAGGUGGAUCGAAACCAGCAACUCUUGAAACAGGUGCUAUUGUCAAUGUCCCGUUGUUUGUAGAAAAAGGUCAAGAAAUCGUGGUGGAUACUAGAACCGGCCAGUAUAUGAGCCGUGUCUGAAACAUUUGAAAAAAAUAUAUUUUGUUAUGCUUUGAAGAUUUGCCACUUAUUCCAUCCAAUAAAUAGAUUCUCCACAACCGGCUACAGAUAUAUAAUCCGGUUAUCCUUCAUUUUGUAAACCGGAAAAGAACUCUGCACAGUGAUUAACUAUAGAGAUAUAAUUAUGUAAUGUCUGAAGUAGAUUUUAUGUAGGGGGGAAGACUAGUUUAAAUUUCAUAUGAUUUUGUUGCCA